AUGCGGGUCGACAAUGUUGAAGCCGAUUCUAUAUCAGUCGGGACAUGCCUUCGAGCUUUGGAGGAGGGUCUGUGCUGGUCUCGAGCUUCGCUUCUGCUUUGUUCAUCCUUGCGUGAUCGUUUGGCAAAUUCUGUGUGUAUGCUGUCCGCUGUUGCCUGCUUCGAGGGUGGUCAGUGGAAGACUGUCUUGCGUGUAUUGGACCGGCUGGAAGGAUGCCCCGGUCACGCUGGAGUGCUAGUGCACAAUGCUGCGGCUGCGGCCUGCUCUAGCGGUGGCCAGUGGUUGUCUUCAUGUGAGGUCAUAUUCAACAUGGAACGCCGGGAUCGUGCCACCCCGGACCUGGUGUCCCAUGGCUCGAUCUUGGCAGGGUUGGAUGCAGCUGGGCUGUGGGACAUCGCCAUGCUGUUCGUGCAAUCUAUGCGGCGCUCAGACAUUCAAGCGGACAGCGUGGCCCAGAUGUCCGUUGUUGGUGCCAUUGGGUCGGGUGCAGGCAACGCUUGGAGGCUCAUACUGCAGAGCUGGGCUUUCGAGAGGGCAAAGGUGGUAAACUCGGCAAUCUGCAGCCUUGGUCAGCUCUUCUACUGGCAACAUGCGCAUUCCUUGCUGCAAGAUGCUGGUUGUAGGCGCUGUGUGACGGACUUGGUUUCGUACAAUGCAUACAUUGCAGCAACAGGGAUGGAAGGAUGCUGGCAUUCGUCUCAUGAGGUUUUCUCGAAGAUGAAGCUCAGUUCGAUUGAAGCCGACCAGAUUUCCUUUGGUGCCACAAUGGCUGUCAUGGACGCGGCAGUGCAGUGGCAACAGGCCUUGUGUCUGGCAAUCCAUGUCGGCGUUGCAGGCGUCUUCCGGUCAGCAGCAUUGCUCAAUGCCUGCAUAAGUGCAUGUGUCUCGGCAGUUCUUUGGCGAACAGCGUGUGCUGUUGCCUUCGAACGUCCCAGAGGGCAGGAGUCGCCCAACCUUGGCUGCUUCGGGACCGUCCUGUUUGGCUGCAAGGAGGCCGCGUGUUGGUCUUCUUCCUUGGCCGUGAUCGACUCCUUGGAGCUGUCACGCGUAGUACCGGAUGAAACUGCACGAGCCUGUGCCGCACGAGCUUGUGGCAGUUGCGGUGCCUGGCAAGCCAGUUCAGCUGCUUUUCCUCCAACGCUGAGACGGCCGUUCUCUGGCCGCUUGCUGCCAGAGGAUUGGGAAGUCUGGAUGGCCGUGAUUUGGGCGUGUGAGGUGGCCAGUCGACCCUCCAGGCAACCUUUGGUGAUGCUGCCCAUUCCACAAGCAAGAGCAUCGUAA